AUGGCUCCAGGACCCUGCUUCUUUUCCUGUUGGCUGCUGGUGUGCUGGUUGGUGAUUAUGGUGGUAAAAGGACAAGAGGUGGUUACCCCUCCUGGAGGCUCACAAAAUAAUGUAGACCCUACAGACUGCCAGAUCUUUACACUCACCCCUCCGCCAAUCACGAGGAAGCCGGUGACAAGGGUCCAGCCCAUCACAAGGACACCCAAAUAUUUCCCCAGAAGGAAACACCAGAGCGGAAGCUCAUCUGAAGAAAGCAGAGAGAAAAGAGAAGCCCCAGACAUAAGGAAGCAAAAGAAGCAGAUGCCUCACAAAAGACUUUGA